CAGAUUUACCCUUCUAAAAUUAUAAGACACUUUUUUUUCAUACUAUUGUCGAAUUCAUUUAUUAUCACAGGUUUAGGCCUUACGAUUGAAAUAUACAAAAAGGUUAAAUUAUUAAUACAACGUUUGUUGUUAUAGACUUUAAACAGUAUAUAUCCGCGUCCUACUGAUGAUCGUACAUCACAUGCCAGGCUUCCCGACAACAUAUUGAAGAAUCGUUCCAAAGUUGUGUUACCACUAAAUAAAGCUCGUCCUUUCUUGAUGACUCCAUGCGCCAACGGAAAUGAUUACAUUAACGCAUCAUUCUGCAACGGCUACAACAAGAAAAACGCAUUUAUUGUCGCCCAGGCCCCAAUGUCUGAGCCUGCUGACACUACUGUUGAUUUUUGGCGUUUAGUGUUAGAUUACAAGACUGACAUAAUCGUACAACUGAAUGACAAAGACGAAACUUGCGCCGCAUACCUUCCUCAACGGAUGAAUGAAGAGCUGAAGAUUGAUAAAUUUACCAUUAGCAUCAAAUCGUCUGAGCAGAACGACUUUAUGAUCGAACGGAAAAUCAUGCUACAGAAGGACAAUGAUGUACAAGAGAUUCUGCACUUCGAGUUUCGGCAGUGGUCUAAGGCAGAACCUGUUCCAAAGGUUGAUUCAUUUGUCAGCUUUAUUGCAGCCGUUCAACGCGGUCACAUUCCUCAAAGUAAUCGGCCAAUCAUCAUUCACUGCCUGGAUGGCGCGGUUCGAUCAGGAUUGUUCUGUGCAGUAUAG